CGGACGCUGUAAGUAACGCUUCAGUUGCAUUUGAGACACCGAAAGCAAAGAAUAGAGGUGCUUAUUGUGUAUCUUGUUUGAACACGCGACUACCUAAGUUUCAAGUACCAAAGAAGUGUUUUCUCGAAUCUAUCGUUCGAUGAUGUCGCUGCUACCGUUGCUGUUUUCUGCCUGGUGGGCGGACUUGGAGCAUCCACACCGGCUUCUGGAUCAAAAUUUUGGACUGGGCCUGCUCCCCGAGCAAUUGCUACUUCCCAGAAGUACAGAGAGAAUGCUCGCACCGUAUAACAGACCGGCGCUCGAAUUAUAUUACCGACCAUUGGCUGAACUGUUACGUACUCCUGAGAGUGGUACCUCUACUAUUACUGCAGACAAGGACACGUUUAAGGUUAUGCUAGACGUGCAACAGUUCAAACCCGAAGAGAUCAAUUUGAAACUUGUGGACAGAUUUAUUGUUGUGGAGGCGAAACACGAAGAGAAGAGGGACGAGCAUGGUUUGAUUUCGAGACAGUUCAUCAGGAAGUAUUUGUUGCCUGAACAAGUGGACGAAGAACAGCUAACGUCGAACAUUUCGUCCGAUGGUAUUUUGACUAUUACGGCACCAAUAAAGGCAACGCAAGAAAAACCGAACGAGCGGAUCAUCAAGAUCGAAAGGACCGGUAAACCUGCCAUUCGCGCUGACACGACUGCUGAGAAGUCGAAAACAACUACCGACCAAACAACCACUGGCCAAGCAGCCACUGACCAAACAGCCACUGCUACAAACGAGCCAGAAAAAACGGAGGAACAACAUGAAGAAGUUACACCGAAUUCACAAGAAGAACAGAACCUGAAAAAAUAAGAUCGAAAAUGUUCCUACAUAUUAAAGUACAUAAUUGUUAAUUUUUAUAAUUUUUUAAAGAUUUUAUUUGUUACGACGUUUAUCUCUGAAUGAUGCGUGUAAGGAUAUUGUAAAGUUGUGUUCCAUUUUUCACUAUGUUUAAUAAAAAAAGUUAGCGUUAAAAUAGUUUCAAUUAUAAUUCUUUCCUGUCCUGUAUUCUUUGAAAUUGAACCUUCUGAAUGCCGCUGAAAAUGUUCAUAUUUGUUUGUAAUUGAGUUUUUGAAUUUUGUAUCAUUUAUAAUAGGAAGUCGAGUGUAAUUGAAGUCUGUUGUAAAAAGUUCGUACAACCAAUCGAAUAAACCGAUUAGUAAAAGUUGUAUUUAAAAUUUCAUUUUAAGUGAAGAAUA